AUACUCUGCCUGUUGACUAUUGUCACGACGCCUGUCCGGUGACGACGCACUGCCAGUCACCACACCACGCACCUGCCCCUCCCCCCCGGCCAGUCUGGUGGUUUGUUCCCACAGCGACACAUUGGUUUGGAGACGACGGAUUGAUCGACAGCCACUCAGACACGCCGUAGCACCUGUCGUUGCAUUGCUGCUCUCCCCCCCACCUGCCAAUCAAUCACGGUCGGCAGGGCCAUCAGAUGGAGUUCCCCAAGCAACCAGACAGGACCCUUGCUUUUCCUGCCAAAACAUCACCUCCCGCACGACGUAAUCGUCAAUGCGGGCGUCAUUCCGCCCGCGCACCCACAAGCGGCAUAGCCGGCAGUCUUGGAAUGUGCGUAUGGAAUGACUGGGAUGCAAGUGGACGAGGCGAGCAUUCGCUUAGAUGUCGUGCAGACGGGGUCAAAUCGAUUGGCCGGCAAUCAGAAGCAUGCCGUCUCUAGGAUCCAACCACAAUGAAAACAAUAUGCUUCAUCCCUGGGUGACGUUGGAAGAACGAAGACCUCAGUAGUUGGCAAAUAAGAAGCAGCCAGCACGAGACCCAGGGGCUCAGAUGUUGAUUUUGUGUCUGAAACGUCAUGUCUUAGCGGCCGGCGCAAUCUGCGUGCCAUCACAAAACGGUUGCUA